UUUUGGUUGUGAUUACUUGACAGGUGCAGAGAGUCGUUUUGAGGCGUGCGUUAUGCGCGAGUCGCCGUCGCGAGCUGCUACAACAACGCCAGUGGAAAAAGAGCGUCGAGAGAAGCAUGGCGCACUGCUCGCGCCCAUGUGUGUGUAAACAAGGAGCUCGGCGCGGUUGCUUCCCGGAGAGCUGAGAAAGCAUCCUCGAGCGGUGCUCACGCUAACGACGUAUGUAGUACGUAGCAGCAGCGUGGUUUUGCGUGGUGCUGUGUUUGACCACAGUGGAGCGAGGGAGCGUGCGAAUCCAAACCACCAGCGGAGCUUCUCCGCGCGCUCCUCGUGGAAAAACGGAGGCGAGUUUCCGAGCUAUCGUUUUCCUUAACCUCCCCGAUCCAUCGCAGGACUGUGCUCGCGCUUUCGCGAUCCCAAAUGGUAAUCGACGGUGCUUCGGCGCGCAUCGUGGUUAGCACCAUCUCCCGUGCCCCUUGUGGCGUCGUCACCAGUGGUCAUCAUCGGACAUGGAAACCCCGAACGGCAACGCCAGCUGUGCUCGCGUCGACACCACGGCCGUGUUUUUGGACGUGUUCGGCGAUAGGACAGAGUUCUCGACUUUCGACGAGUUCAGCGAGCUGUUCGUGCGCUUCGAGAAGAAGUCGCGAUACAUAUUCCGCGUGAAGAACUCGAGCAGCGUGGAAGCGGAGAAUCGACGCAGGAAGGACAAGAUCGACGCUGCCAUCAAGUACUCCGGACUGGUGCUGUGCUGCGUGAACUGCGGAGACGCCAGCAAGACCCUCAAGAGGGUCCAAGAAGGGGACACAAGGCAGCUGUGUGACGCGCAUAUCUACCUGCGCUACCGGUCAUCGUCGCGCAAACUCGCCAUCAUCUCCUCAUCAUUCGUGCACAAUCAUCAAAGCCAGGCUGGCAAUGGCUGUUUCCAUCGCAAGCAGUCCGUCACUGAGCGCAUUGGCAAGCCUCGGGACGGGCGGCGCAAGUUCGUCCGUGCGGGCGACCGCAUGGGCAAGCUCACGCGCCCCAUCCUGCCCGCACCAGCCUUCGAGCAUCUUGUCAAGGGCUCCAACGAACUCACCAUCAUUCCGUUGGGCGCCGGCGGUCUUGGGGGCCACCCCGACCUGCCGCCACCCCUCAUGCUGCACAAUCACCACGCGGAGGACCAUGCCAUGUGCCCCCAGGCCCACCCUGCGUUGAUGUCGCCUGCGCAGCUGCUGCUCCCGCCGGGGCUCCGCUCGCCCGACAACAACCUCUUGCUGUUUCCCCGGGGACCGAUGAAGAUGGAUGUGCCAGUCAUGGACGGCUUCUGCCGCGACGUCAAGCGUCUCCGCGAAGAUGCCGUCGGCAUGGGGACACUCAAGGAGAACUUUCAUGUGCAAGAGAAGUCUGGUGAAAUCAGUGUGUGUUUCAGAAUCCCGCCGUACGGCUACAAGGCCGACAUGGGCCGCAUCUUCGAGCCCGAGUGCAUCCUGCAGUGCUACGAGGACGAGCACCACGGCAACAGCACAGCCAAGAUGGAGGAGGAGGAAGAGGAAGAGGACGACGAGAGAGCAGACAGUGAAGAAGCCGAGUGCAUGGCCACGGACCUCUCCAUCCGGUCGCGUGGCAAUGAUGACCGGAUAGAGAGCGACUUCAAGAUGCCGGCGGCGGCGCCCACGGUGGCGACAACGCCCCCCGCCGAGGUGCCUGAAAACCUCUCGCUGGCGGCCAUGAGGGCGGUGGCCAACGCCUCGCGUGAGUACACGGUCACCUGGAAGGAGCUGGAGCCGCUGUUCCGCUUCUGCAGCCGCUGUGGCGCUCCCGUCGAGAAGACGCGCCACUCGCUGCACAGCGUGCUCAGCGUCUCCGCUGUCUGCCAGAGGGGCCAUGGGGUGUUCUGGACAUCGAGGUCGUGACCGCCCAUCCGGGCUCGGAGUGAUCGGGGUGGUCGCCGCCGCAGAGCUCGCGGCGCCGCCCCGUAUGAUCUGGGAACAAGGAGGCCUCCUGCGGAGGCCAUCUCGCGGAGCCCUUCUCGCGGGCUCGGGGACCUUAUUCUUUCCCUUCUCUCUUUCUUCUUACUUUCACCUUGCGUUGCUGUGAGCUUUGAGCUCUUGUGUUUUCGUACUGCCUGUGAGUACGGUGACUCAGCAGAUGCAUGGGGCGUGGAAAGGUCGUGGAGCUGAGACGUGGGCGCCGCUCGUGUGCGUGUGAGCACUGCCAAGGCCCUGCUUGUAAACGGCAGUCCGCCGCCACUUUGUGAUCCUUUUUCCUCGUCGGUUUGAUGCCUGCUUUGCCGCGUGGUAUUUUUUAACAAAUACUGUGUGAAGUGGUGUGCUGCUGUUUUAGCGUCUGUUUUCUUUUCCCCACUUUUUUCGAUAUUUUUAAACAUUUAUCUUCCCUAUUUUAGCUCACUUCCUUUUGCCCCCUCCGCAUCUGUUGGGUCACCGUACAGACUGUCCCGCAUUGCUCAAUGUGAGGACGGGCCAGUUUGGCCGACCCGUGUGUUCAAGGCCGCGUCUUCGAGACCGGCCCAAGAAGAUGGACAACCAUCUAUGCGUGGCAUCCGUGUUUCUUUUCAUGGCACCGAGAGCUGGCUCUUCGAAGAGUCCUGGACUCUUAAUGUGUUUGCCACUACUGUUGUGGUCUACGGGCUAUUUCAAUUCAACGAUGGGCCCAAGCUUGAGAAGGUCGAAGGUCAUUUGGUGCGUUGGACCAAGGGAGUCAAGGCCUUUGACAGACUGAGUCGAUUUUUAAUAUAAUUUUUUUUGGUCAGGGAGUAGAAAGUGAACGUUUUAUCUUCUGUGUUCGCGUGGCCCAUCUGGAUGGGCAUUUGUGGCUAAGGUCAUGUUCAAGGUCGAGGUCGGCCUAUCUUUCGGAGUCAAGGUUGGUGUUCUGCUCGUGUGUCGUUGUGUGUUAAAGAAAGUGUUCGAAGUCUGUGGGCAUCCCAGUGUUGUGUUUUCAUGCAUCUGUGAAAGUGGGCCCCUGGUGAUGAGAAACUGCGUUGUGCCAAUGAUAGGGUAACGGUUUGGAAUGUUGGCGGCGGCAGUCUUUCUGACUAGCCGUGGGCCGGGCCGUGACCUUGGAACUUUUUGCUGAUCUUGCGGUUGUGUUCAAAUCGUAAAACAACAAACUCGUCUUCGUCUCCGUGCUUUGAAUUGGGGCACGGACCCGUGCCUCGUACUACGUCGUAAAGGUCUAUUCACUGCUCACUUCUGUCCUGAGAGACAUUUUUAUCUCGGUCGCAUCGUUUAAACAUCACUCUCUCCUACCGGACUGUUCUCUUUGUUGACACCAUGGUGCUGCUGUUUUAAGGCUAGUAAAUCUAGCUUUCGCAAGCGCGGUCUGUCGCAGGUCCCUCGCUUGACGCAAUCGCAAGAGUGAAGCUUGCUAGACGUGCUCGUGCCUGACAAGGAUUUCUUAGCUAAUGGAAGCAACGUGCCAGUGUACAGCUCAGUUUUAGGUUCAGAACGAAAUGUGAAACCCUGAAAUGUACAAUCAUCUGUUAGAUGAUUAGUAAGUUACGAGGUUGAGAAGGAGACAAAAGGAUCAGGGAGGUGGUGAUCGCAUCUACAUAACACACAUUGUUGCCAUAAUGUUGGGACAACGUUCGCAGCAAUGCAACGACAAUUGGUGCUACUAGGAACCUAGCCUUACUGAUGAAAGUAUCGGAAAAGGAUUGUAGUAUGGCUUUCGAAAUGGCAUGUUAUUCGGAACGUUAGCCUGAAAUGCUGCGAAUGGCUGUGAACAGUUUGGCGGGGCAUUUAAAGCGGUGGCUUAAGUUUUGUUCGGACGGAUAAAUGGCCUUAUUAAACCAGUGCCUUUUGAUUUUUCUCUCGCGGCUAACUUUACCUGCUGAGACCACGUUGCCUUUCGGCUGUUCAGCCACUAACAAAGUGCCAAAAAGAUUCUAGUUGUUGGUAAAUGACUGGUUAGCGUUCUUGGUGAUCGAUUGGUGGGGUGUAAUGGCCCAAGGUAAUUCCGGAGGCUGUAAGAGGUGCCCGUUCUCGCUGAAUCCUCGGCGAAUGGCUUUGAUUGCGAGCCGGUGGCAUUUGUUGAUUCUGAAGGGCGCACAUAUGCCAACGGUUAUUGACUAGCGUUGCUCAAAUAUGCGACCAAUUGGUUGAUUAUCUCCAACAGGAUUCAUCCUGAACGAUGUGGCAAAACUGUGUCAUUUCACAAUAAGCCGGAAGUUGGAAAUCGUGCUAAACUUUUCAACAAGCAACUAGAUGAAAAUUUAGCUAACAUGUGCUGCCGCGAUCAACGAGAGCUCACUUGAACGUUAUGCUCUGCACUUACGUGAGAAUGUGACACAGGUGAGAAGUGGGCCCACUAAAAGUGGCUGGAUCACCCUUUUCAUGCAGAAUACAAUUAAAUUGAUAGCUCUCCUGUGACCUAAUGUUCAUGCAAGAAAUCUGCGCUUCAUUAUAUGUAUGGACUUUCAGGGAACGCGACAGACCGUGCUUGUGAAUAUUACUACAUUUUACAACGCAUUAACAUUUGUAGCAAGGCAUGUGUGUGUGCUCACGACAUGUAGUUAGAUUGGCAGGCUGCUUGAGCUUUCUACUUCUUUUGCUUCCCGGUAGUUGCAGGUAGCACGAAUGUGCAAACGCAUAAUUGCAAACAUAAGUGGGGUGUUCGUAAAAUCAUUUCACAUUUGUUGUGCGUCCUUCGAAUGUCGCAUAAUUUAGGCAGAGCAUUCCAAACCUAUAGCAGGGCUUUGUACAAAUGCCAUUGUUUUGUAUUUUUUUCAUUUCCCAGCUUGUGCUAGCAUGUCUACAUUAGGCAGCUUAGUGCAUGAGUGUCAUGCUUCGGGUAGCUCUUCGUUUACAAAGCAUGCCGUCUUUCUUUUCAUCAUUUAUGUUGACGACAUCUUAGAGGGACCGACAACUGGCCAGAACGUGUGAUUGGAUCCUAGUGGAAUGAAGAGACUGUGAAUUAUAGUGACAGACUUGAGCAUGCUUCUCACGAUUUGAGUCGGAUGAUAUUUUUAAAUUGUUUUUGAUAUGACCUAACCAAUGGUGUGUCACACAGCCUAGCGGAAGAGCCUUGAUGCUGUGCUGUGGGGUCGCUCUGUUUGUAGUACUUAGCCUGAUGCUUUUAUGCACACCAUAAUUAAUGCUCAUAAUUAGACUGUGUAUAUUAUUAUUCAUACCUGCUCUCUUCCAUGCUGCUAACAAGGUAAAAGAAGUUGACACUGAGAAGCAGCGUUGGCUUCGCGGCAACUAGUGGAACAUGUCAUGCCACGG